AUGUCGCAUAAGGAUAUGGCUCGGAUUCAACGGACCGUCAUGGAAGGAGUGCGGAACGUGAUUCGAUCUCAUUCGUUGCUUUUUUCGACGACUGGAAAAGCAUCAGCACAACAAACGUGGACCGAGCUCACAAAUGGGAUCACUGUUCUACGACGAACGCUUAGUAAACUUGAAGCGCAUGCCUACGAAAUGUUAUCCACUCGUUUCGAGAGAGUAAACGUAAGUUGUGGCCAAACAAAAGCAUCGCACAGUUGCACUUCAAGUGAUCCAAAUGAAUACGGAAGUCAAAUGGAAAAGGCAUUCGAGGAUGUGCUAUCACUUGAUGAAACAUCCGAGGACGAAUUCGAUGUCGUGCAACCAAUAAGCGAGAAGGAACUUGGAGAGGAAUGGUCGACAGUAAUCCGCACAAUAUCGGCCACUCUUCCUCCUCCUCAACACUUUAAAAAAGGCGAUAAAUUUCUAGCGAAGGUGUUAUGUGCUGUCUCACCACUCGAGUUUUAUGUUAUUAAAGUAACACAUAUAAGCGUACUUCGUGAAAUUGAACGUAUUCUAUCGUAUUGUGAUGAGAAACUCUGUCGUCAUCCGUUGUUGGAUUCACAAUGUCGGCCCGAACAUGCCUGUCUAGUACGAUUUGAGGACAGUCUUGCGAGAGCCACCAUCGGUCACUGUGGAGUUCAUGAGAUGCAGGUAUAUUUGGUGGACUACGGUAGAUCUCUGUUCAUUGGACGAUCGCAGUGCUUUGCAAUGCCGAAAUGUAUCGCUCAAUACGCUCCACCAUUGGCACAUUAUUGCACAUUAAGCGACGUGGACAGUCGUGCUCUUGACCACGCCGCUGUAAAAGCAUUCCAUGAGAAGAUAAUUACUGCCAGUGAGGUCAUGCUUAAAUGUUAUGGUGAAACGCGUCGCACACAUGGAGAAUUGGUGGAUAUUGUCGGCUGA